CACGGGAUUGAUGUCGGGCCACGUAACAGAUAACAGUGGCAUGUCAGCUGGAUUUCAGAGAUAACUCCAUGACAUUUGAAACAUGUGGCUCAAACCUGACGAGAUUCUGCUGAAAAACGCGUUUAAAUUAUGGGUCACCGAGGAGGAUAAUGAGUACUUCGUACUGCAAAGGAGACGGGGCUACGGAGAAGGUGGAGGCGGUUUGACAGGCCUGCUUGUGGGAACUCUGGAUACUGUGUUGGACUCCACAUCCAAAGUUGCCCCCUACCGCAUUCUACACCAUACGCCAGACUCCCAAGUGUAUUGGUCAAUAGCAUGUGGUGUCACCAAAGAGGAGAUUGUUCAGCACUGGGAUUGGCUGCAGCAGAACAUCAUGAGGACGCUCUCUGUUUUCGACUCCAGUGAAGACAUCACCAGCUUUGUACAGGGCAAGAUUAGAGGUCUUAUCGCCGAGGAAGGGAAGGCGUCCCUAGUGCUGGAGGACGAUCCUGAGAAGUUCCGAGAGGCACUCUUGAGGUUUGAGAAGUGGUUUGAGCUGCCACCGGAGGAAAAGCUGGUCACAUACUACUCAUGCAGCUACUGGAAAGGCAAAGUGCCCUGCCAGGGCUGGCUCUACCUCAGCACAAACUUCCUGUGCUUCUAUUCAUACCUGCUGGGAGCUGAGGUGAAGCUGGUCAUCUCCUGGGACGAGAUCUGGAGGCUGGAGAAAACCUCUAACGUUAUACUGACUGAGAGCAUCCAUGUCUUGGCUCAUGGGGAGGAUCACUACUUCUCCAUGCUGCUGCACCUUAAUGAAACAUUUGUUAUCAUGGAACAGCUGGCCGACUACUCCAUCAAACGCCUUUUUGAUAAGGAGGCCUUCCAGAGAGAGCCAGCGCUCUCUGACCCCCUGCAAAUUACCAAGAGAGGCCUAGAAGCUCAUGCAAAGAGUGAGCAGUUCCGGGCAUUUUUCAGGCUUCCCAAAGAGGAAAAUCUGUUAGAAGUGCAUGAGAGCUUCCUGUGGGUGCCCUUCAGCCAUUUUAACACGCUUGGCAAGAUCUGCCUGUCUGAGAACUACCUGUGUUUUGCCAGCCAGGAUGGAAGCCAAUGCCAUGUCAUCAUUCCAAUGCGAGAGGUUGUUAAUGUUGAGAAGCCAGACUCCAGCAGCAGGGCUUUGACGGUGUGUGUGCGUGGCAAGAGGGCGCUGCGUUUCUCUGAGGUUCGGGACUACCAGCGGCUAGCCAACACAAUCCGUAGCAGGUGUGGGAUUAGUGCCAGCCCUCAGCACUCUGCUUCAUCAGAGGCCAUACGAGGCGAGUGCCAGUCACUCAUCAACCACUUCGAGGACAACCCAGAGGACGUAACACUGAUGGUGGGGCAGAAAGACAGCAGCAAGGCUGUAAGCACAGAGGCUCUCAUGACUGUUUUCCACCCCCAAGAUGUUGAAAACCUUGACCCCAAAAUGCUUAAAGAAAAGAUGAAGGAACAGUCUUGGAACAUCCAUUUCUCUGAAUACGGACGUGGCACAAGUAUGUUCUUCACCAGGAAGACACGAGAUUUGAUCGUCCGUGGUGUUCCUGAGGCCUUGAGAGGAGAGCUGUGGAUGCUGCUUUCAGGAGCCGUGAACGACAUGGCCACUCAUCCGGGCUAUUACGCCGAGCUGGUCGAACAGUCUCUUGGCACAAGCACUUUGGCUACAGACGAGAUCGAGAGAGACUUGCACCGCUCUCUGCCAGAGCACCCUGCCUUUCAGAGUGACACAGGAAUCUCAGCUCUACGCAGAGUCCUUACUGCCUAUGCAUACAGGAACCCCAAAAUUGGCUACUGCCAGGCCAUGAACAUUCUCACCUCCGUUCUCCUUCUCUAUGCGAAAGAAGAGGAGGCUUUCUGGCUGUUAGUGGCCGUCUGUGAGAGGAUGUUGCCGGAUUACUUUAACCGCCGAAUUAUUGGCGCACUGGUCGAUCAGGCGGUGUUUGAGGAUCUGAUUCGAGAAAACCUGCCCCAGCUGGUGGAGCACAUGACAGACCUGAGCUUCUUCUCGUCCGUGUCCUUGUCCUGGUUCCUCACUCUCUUCAUCAGCGUCCUGCCCAUAGAGAGCGCUGUGAACGUGGUGGACUGUUUUUUCUACGACGGCAUAAAAGCCAUCCUGCAGCUCGGCCUGGCGGUGCUGGACUACAACAUGGAGGCUCUGAUCAGUUGCCACGACGAUGCUGAGGCCGUCACCAUCCUCAACAAGUUCUUUGACAGCGUGACAAACAAAGACAGUCCGUUGCCUCCAACAGUGCAGCAAGCUUCAGUGGGCAAUAAUGAUAAAGCAUCCCACUUCAGUGUGGAUAUCAGCGCACUGAUCCGAGAGGCCUACGAGAAAUAUGGACAUAUCCGCUCAGAGGAAGUGGAGAGUUCACGGAGGAGGAACAAACUGCAUGUGAUCCAGACGCUGGAAGAUACAACCAAACAAAAUGUUAUCCGGGUGGUGUCCCAAGAAGUCAGAUUCAGCGCCUCACAGCUUGAUGAGCUUUAUAACUUGUUCAAAAGGCAGCAUUUCCUUUGCUGCUACUGGACAAUGAAGAGUCCCACUCUGCUCCAUCAUGACCCCAGCCUGGCCUAUCUGGAGCAGUACCAGUUGGGUUUCCAACAGUUCAGCGGGCUCUUCUCCCUGCUGGAGCCCUGGGCUUUCUGCACCACCAAGAGCACCCUCUCUCUCUGGAUCUUCCGCCUGAUAGACGAAAACCAAGACGGCCUCGUCAACUUUAAAGAGUUCUGCUCUGCCCUUGAUACUUUGUACUGUGGAUCUUUCACAAAUAAGCUGAAAUUCCUCUUCAAGCUGCAUCUGCCACCAGCUUUCACAGGUAGUCCUUUGCACAUAAAGGAACAAAGAAUCCAGCACUUUGUUCCAGCGACUGAAGACUCUUCUCACUUGAGUAGACUCUCUGCAUUUGACCUUCCUGAAGAUGGUGUGAUAAGGAAAAGCCCUGAAAGAGGUAGAGGAAAAGUGGACCUGCAGGCCUACCUGAAACAAUGGCAAAAUGAAAUACUUAAAAAAGAGGAAACCAUCAAGGAUCUACCCCGAAUUAAUCAGGCUCAGUUCAUCCAGUUCUCCAAGACCCUGUACAACAUUUUUCAUGGUGAUCCAGAGGAGGAGUCUCUGUACCGAGCUGUGGCUCAUGUGACCAGCCUCCUCCUGAGGAUGGAGGAGGUGGGACGGAGGCUGCAGGAGCCGAGCAGCCCCCCUGAAUCCACAAAGCCUGCCGACACCGCUGCAGACACCACCACCACCACCGCUGCUGCUGCUGCAGCUGCAGAGGAGCCUUCAACCAAAGAAGCCACUACCACCCCGGAGAGCUCCGACACCUCCGGCUCCCACAGCAGUCAGGAUGCAGGGCCCAACCUCUCAGAGAUGGAGUGGUCUUUUUCGUUCGAGCAGGUCCUGGCCUCUCUGCUCAAUGAGCCGGCCAUAGUGACCUUCUUUGAAAGGCCUGUCGACUUUCAGACUAAGCUGGGACAAGCUAAGGUCGCCCAGCUGAAACUUAAGGCAAAUAAGUGAAGGAAUACAUAAGUGAAUUGAUACUUUGCUUCAGAUUCAAACCCAGAAGUCACCAUGAGUUUCCUUUCUCCACUCGGAUAGGACAGUGGGUUUUGGUGAGGCCAUAUUGCAGGAGGAGACAUCAGAUUUAACAAUCUGUGUGUAUGUGUGUGUGCGUGUGUGGGGCUUGUAUGUUCAGGCAGAUGAUGAUCAGCAGCGAUGGCUGAUGAAACACAUAAGGCACAACAUCUUGAAGACACUUUAAACCCUGUUGCAACACUGACCAACACCUUCAAUGCAUUUUCAUGUGAAGCCUCGUUGCAGACAUACUGUAGCCUGUCGUUCCUCAGAUCUAAUUAUGCAUUUUCAACCAUCGCUGAUUAAAUUCACUCUCUCAUGUAGCUUCAGAUUCUUCAGAAUUUAAGUUGAGUUUAAGAUAUUUGUUCCUCUCUAUGCCAUGGAGCACAUCCAAUAUAGUUUUGUAUUGUAUAAGGGACAUUCGGUACUGUCCCCUGUAUUCACAAACACAAGGGUUUGUCCUUCCCUCUGCCUCUGAUGUCAUGCUGAAGUACAACUCCAUGACAAAAAGACUUAGACAAGGUGACUGAGAGUCCACAGAAAGAUCGUCUUUCUGGAUAUCUUGAUACAUUUUUCGUCAGAUUACAAGUCACUGCUGUAGUUUAAUAUAGAAUAUAAAUGCUGAUGUGUCGUGUGACUUCAGUGUCUCCUUACUUUAGCAACAUUCAUGUUACUCUGUCAACGUAUUGUGAGGAACACCAGCUUUUCAGAUGAUAGAGGCAGAGAAUAAACAGUCGUUCAGUGAGUAAGGGCAAGCAGCACUGUUGUCCCUGGAAGCCGUGCAUUGAAUUCUGAGGUGAUCAGUGUCAGAUGCAUUUUAUUGAGAGGAUAAAAGAUUCAAUACUAUAUUAUGCAUUUGCAAUAAUAUACAAGAGAGGAUACCAUACUGCCACAGCACUCACAUGUCUAUUCCUCCAACUGCAGCAAACGCAGUAUGAAUAUUAUAGCAUGACUUCAAGUGUGAAACUAUGGUCUGUAAAGGUGUAAUAGUCUGAAAUCCACAGUGCUGCUGUUGGGAAAUCUCCUGCAUCCGCUUCUGAAAAUGUGCUGUGUGCGAUCUUCACAGUGCGAUCGGUUGAUGUACUGUCUGCUUAUGUCCGUCUCACUGUAUAUGUAGGAUGUUAUGCUCUAGUAUAAGUGCAGCACUUUGUACAUAGAGGUCAGUUCAAUAGUCGUUUGAUUAUUGUAUUUAUGAGGCUUGUAUUGAAAAUGUAAGAUAUGAGCUAGUGGACUGUUGUGGACACAACUUAAACCUUUCGAAGGACAUUUUGUUUUAUCAAAUCUCAGGGUGCAAUCUGUGUAAAAUAAAAGGGAGAAAAGGGAUAUUUUUUGACCUGGGACAUAUAAAGUAUAUGACUGAGUUAUACAUAGCUUACAUUAAAGUAUAGAGCAUGAGUAGCAUAGUUACAGGAUUAGCCACAUUAUGCUAGCCUUCAAUGGACUAUUACUGCUCGCUACAGAAAGCCAGAUUUGACUUACAGUAUUUCAGUUGUUUUCUUUUCAUCUGUGUAUUUUCUGCUUCUUUUCUUUGUUUUUGCUUCUGUCUCAGUAAAUCAUGUUGUUUGAGAUUGCCUGAUCUUAGAGGCUUUGCAUUGCAAAAGGCCUUGACCGCUUCUGCUGCAGCUUGUCAUCUCCAGGGGCCAAAUUCACAAAUUUAGAGCGCUUUAUUUCUGCUUGUGUAGAAGCUCUUUCAGUGCAAGUGCAAUUCUCUGUUUCCUACAUUUUUAUUAUUCUUGUUGUUAUUUUUACUUCAGAUGUUAGGACCAAUCUGAAAUGUAUUUCAUUGUGUAAUUCUUGGGUUUGAUUGUUGAAGUGAGUUGUACGUACUCAUCGAAAAUAAGCAUUUUUGCACACGUCCAUGACUCAUUGGAACUGAAAAGACAAAUCUGCCACUGUUUACAUGACUAAUGUAAAAAAUGAUUAAAAAACCCCCACCCCAUUCUUUUAUAUGUUGUCACUCCUUAAAUCCAAAGCUUGAUCAGUGACUUCAGCUCAGUACCUAAAUCAUGAAACAGUACUGAGUUUCGACAGCAGAGCUCAGCCUGGGGCUUCAGGGCCUGAGUAACUGAUCAUUUUGCAACCAAAUCAAUCAAAACACUCAUAUUUCAUUAUUUGAAACAGUGACAUCUGACCGUGCUCUGACUAUUUCAGUAAGACCGUUCCCCAGCGGUUUCACACCGCCUUUGUAACAUCUCCACACUCUCAAGACUUUAUUAUGAAAUGCAAACAACAACCUCUUAUCAAAGAAUGUGUUGUGCUGUGAGGGUUCAUUUCGUGUCGAUUUAUGGCAUGCUUCGUCUAUUUCUGAUUAUUUGAUAAUAUCUUAAAGAUAAGAAAUCGUUUGAAAAAGACAAGUUUGCUUUGAAGAAUUCAUUUGUUGCUCUUCAUGGAAGAAACACAGAACAGUGGUUAAGACAAACAGACCUUUUGAUGCUCAGUAAUGUUCUUUUGGAAAAUGACACGUAAGAUCUUAUUUUUUUUAAACCCAGAAUAGGUUGUGGUUUUGUCUUGGAGGGGAAAUACAUGAAAGGCGACAACUCUGUAGGAACAGAGGAAGGAAAACCAGAGGGUUGGAAGUUGUCAUCACUCUGGCACGCUGUCAGUUUUUCCAUUAAGCAUCAGAGUGUAUACAGUAGGCAUGGAUAAUGCUCCAGCUCCUGCAUUAGUAUAUGGGUAACAAAGUCCUUAUAUGUGCAAAUGUAGUUUGACAGCUUUUAUAGUCUGUACCUUUUUGCUUGAAAGCUUGUUUUUGCGCAACAUGUGAAGCAUCGAUAUCUCGGUUUACCUGCUUGAUUAUGAUUUCUUUUUUUAUCUCCAUGCAGAGUUACCAGAAUAAAGAGUGAUGAUUCUAUGAAUAAUAAGGUUCUGGUCAUUCUGAGCAUCACCUGAAGCACCUUAGAUCCACACACACCAACAUGAAUUGAAAUGUGACUCAUGACAUGUUCACUGCUUAUAAGCCUCUGUCUGAUUGUGUUCUCUGUCAGUAAGCCAUGUUUAUAUUUGUCUAUAUGCAUUUCAACAGCUUAUCAUAAAGAGGUAAUUAUGUAUAUAAUAAUAAAUAAUAUAAUAAAUAU